AUGACUAACAAUCACCCUCUAGACCCUGACACGCUAGUGAGUACGACGGCCUACGAUUUCCGGUACAACGGCGUACAGGUGUGGCAGUGCGAUGGCGAAGGGUACGGUGUACCAGGCAAGUUCUGCUGCGAAUCGGCGAGGGAGAAGACGCGAUGCUGUAGCACGCCAUGGGCCCUCUUUGGCCCUCUCAUCCCCGCCACGCUGGGCAACGCCGCCGCCGUACAGACGUACGAUUUGUCGGCCACGUCCGUGUCAGCGAAGCCGACGUCGGCGCCGGCAGCGGACGCAACGAGUUCCCCAACAAGAGCGAGCAAAUCCCCCGCCACACCAGGCGGGGCGGACGUGAGCUCGCCCACCGGUGUAAGCGGGACCGGUAACAAUGAUGACAGGAGCGGCGGGCAAGGAGGCAUUGGACUCGCAGCGAGCGUGGGCUUGGGCAUUGGUUUCAGCGUGGGCGGCGCGCUGCUGAUCUUCGCGGGCGUCAUAUGGUGGCUCCGCAGGCAGAGGUUGCGGGGUGGCGCCGCAGAGCUGGACGACAAGAGCAUCGCUGGCCGCCACGACCUCGGCGGCGGCGGCGGCAACCUGACGCGGCCGGGUGUAGAAAGCCCGGCGGAUGUGGGGGGUGGCUUUGAUAACUACAAUGGGAGGGGGCCCGGCACCUUCGGGAGAAGGCCGAUCAACUCUAUGGGGACCCUCGGUACGAUGGGAACGCUCGACACGAUGGGGACGGUCGGCUCGUGGGGGACGAGCUUGUACGGCGUGACGGCCGACCCGGAGAUCGUGACGAGGGCGAGCAGCGACUGCGACGGGAGCCCGGUGGGGGUCCUCGGGCACUACCAGAUGGGAGGGGUUGAUGGCAAGGAGACGCUCGUCACGCCACCGCCGCAGCAGACAAGAUUCAGCAGACAAGGGAGGUAA